AUGACCAAUAAGGAAACGGAAGCGACAGAGUUGAAGAAGAAACUUGCACAACUCAGCGAAGAGUUGACCAUGUGGCGAAGGGCAGGCACUCUCAGAUGCAGGAGUAAGCCGUGUCAGGAAGUAUUCAUGACAGAGCAGAGAAAUUCUCUUGCCCAUAUUGCAGCAAAACUGCCAGCCGUUAUAUCGCCCCUAGGUGAAGCAGUCUAUACAACAUCUACAAACCAGACGAAUUCAUUCGAUGAUACACCGAGUUAUCAUUCGUUGACGGGCGCGUCGUUAUCUCCUCAUACAGUCCAAAUGACCCCUUCUUCACAGCUGGAAUUUCAGUUCCAGCCCAACGACUCCAUUGCGACAUUCUCAUCUUCACAGCUUGGACCUGGAAUAGACAACGCAGGCGCCUUCGCUCCGGAAUUACACAUAAGUUCGGCUGAAGGGUAUUCCCCAGGGGAGUCCACACCCCCACCACACUACACCUUAUCGCCUACCGAUCAACGAACCACUUGCUCCAUUUCAAUGUUUACAGAACCUGCCUGGCACCCUGAAGAAUCACUGGGUCAUCAAUAUCAACUGCCCCUUGCCCCAGUGACGACUCAGGUCUCAGAAGAAGCGUCAAGGGCGUUGCAUUUUCUCCGACCUGGACAGAUAACGCUCUCGAGAAGGCAGAGCGCCCCGGCCUGUUCUUUACCUCUGAUGCCGGGAGAGAAUCCGCCUUUUCGUCUUAAUGGACCGCCCCCGCCAUUGCCGUCACAUUUAACAGUAGCUGUGGCGCCGCCGCCGCCGCCGCCUGCUAGCCUUGGCUACACCGAGCAGCAGGCGCUGAGUCUAACGGAGGAACAGCCUCAAAUGACGUUCCACCGUGUGGGCGACAAGAAGAAGGGGCGGAUUCAAAUCGCCCAGAGCAACAUCAUACAGCAUAACACGUGCUUCACCAGCGGUGCGGAAACACGGAGCUAUGGCGCUGCGGGAGGAUGGUCGAAUAUGAAUUAUGCCAACACUGGGUUCGGUAUGUGA